ACAAACUACAGUUCCCAGGAUGCAAAGCAACUCAAACAAUAAUCAUAUGACUGAACUUCUCUCCCCCCCCGAAAGUAGCUUGUAGGUGAUCACGUGACGAGGAAAAUGGCUGCGAUGAGUGAGGAGGAGUUUGCAGCGCUUCAGAUCUUACUGAAAGCUUCAUCAAAGGAUGUAGUUCGGCAGCUAUGCCAAGAGUGCUUUUCUAGUUCGUCGAGUGGCUCUGCCAAACUGACUGAAAGCACCUGCUCCAGUCUCUCCGUUGCCCCAAAUGAAGCAAAUCAGUUGAUCUGUGUUUUGCACAAAUUUACAAGGCACAUAGUUUACCGGGGUCUGAUGUCUCCUGAAGAAAUUCUUUCCCUCUUUCCCGAAGGAUUCCACCAGAACCUUAAAAAUCUCCUGACCAAGAUAAUAUUGGAAAACGUCUCUACCUGGAGAAAUGAAGCACAAGCCAGUCAAAUUUCCUUGCCUCGGCUGGUGGAUAUGGAUUGGAGAGUGGACAUCAAGACCUCCUCUGACAGUAUCAGCCGAAUGGCUGUCCCCACCUGCUUGCUGCAAUUGAAGAUUCAAGAAGAUGCUGCCUUGCAUGGGAAUGACUUUGCAACAUCCGCUUUGACAGUAGAGCUGAAUAAACAAACACUGGACACAAUGCUAGAUGGCCUGGGAAGGAUUCGGGACCAGCUUUCUGCUGUUGCGAAUAAAUAAAUAAAUCCCUCUGGGUGGAGAACUACAGCAACCAUUCCCAUACAAAACACAAUCUUCCUGUCCUUCCAGCUUGGCUGUAUUUUACAUCAGCUGUCUUUUUGUUUGUAUCCAUGUUGUUUGGUGGUUGUUUCUUCAGAAAGCAAACUCUUUGAUGUGGUGUUGGUCUAAUACCUGAGAUGACCUCUUACAGUCAAUCAGGUUCUCCCAUUGUCUGUAAUGCUAGAGAGGCUUGGAUCUCUGGUUAACCAGAAAGCUUGUAAUGGGAAAGAGAAUCCGCUUCAUUGGCUGCUCCUAUCUGCCUGCUCUGAAAUUGGGGACUAAAGCCAUGAAUGCGGCUAAUAGCUGGCUUCCAGCCGCAACAGACUUUUGAAAAGUGUGUGCUGAGGAGCGCGGCAUAUGAGACUUGUUUUCUCUUCAUUGAGCAGCUUCACUGCUGUGUGUGGUGUUGGGACUUGCUGCAAAAAUAACUUCGUUGGUCCGUAGGAAAGGAUUGGAGUGAAUUUAGCAGCAGGUUGCUCUCAUCUUGUGUUGGAGAAGGAGCUUUUUCUCAUUUCGUAGAAAACUUAGCAGGAAGUGAAGAAACUUGGAUCAUGUACUCGGUACUGAGAGAGGUCACAAAAGGCAACGGGGGCCUGUAGCAACAAUGUUGCUGUGCACAAGCUUUAGAAAUAUUGAGCAGUCUAUCUUUUAAAAGUCUGUUCUUGAUAGCUCCACGCUUGUUCUGAAUAAAUUCUUGUUCACUUCAAGGAGUCACUAAAAUACGACCAUUUUGCCAGAGAGUCAGUUUUCUGUUAGCUGUUGCAUUAGUGUUCUAAUCCUCUUGCUUCUCUCCCCUCCUCUUUCUUUUUAUAUUUCCUCCAGUACUUAAAGCUUGUGUCAGUCUGGUU